AUGACUGGGAAAUGCGCAUGCGCUCUGAUUUCAGAUUUGGCAUUUGUAGAAGCGUCUGUCUCAGGUAAAUGAUGUCGUCCUUACUUUACCAAUGAGGAAAUAGGGUUGAAGAUGAAAUAAGGUGCCCGAGAUCUGUGGAGACUUGGAUCCAGACCCAUCUUUCUUGGCUUGAUGGAUAAACAUUUAAGGAACAAUCUGAAAUUCAAUUUAGAAAGAAGAUAAAGGUAGUGCUAAUAGGUAAAAGGUGAAGAGAGAGGACCUCAGUGCUAGCUUAUUAUGCUGAAUGCGAAAUCAAAUGAAGAAGGAAUAGGAGGAUAAGAAUAGAGGAUUCCACUGCAGCAGAACAUGUCCAGCAAGGAAGUAAAGACUGCUCUAAAAAGUGCCAGAGAUGCAAUCAGAAACAAAGAAUACAAAGAAGCUUUGAAACAUUGUAAGACAGUGUUAAAACAAGAGAAAAAUAACUAUAAUGCCUGGGUUUUUAUUGGUGUUGCUGCAGCCGAGCUAGAACAACCUGAUCAGGCCCAGGGUGCCUAUAAGAAAGCUGCUGAACUAGAGCCAGACCAAUUACUAGCUUGGCAGGGGUUAGCAAGCUUGUAUGAGAAAUGUAAUCACAUAAAUGCUAAGGAUGACUUACCUGGCGUUUACCAAAAGCUCCUGGAUCUUUAUGAAAGUGUCGACAAACAGAAGUGGUGUGAUGUCUGUAAGAAACUUGUGGAUCUGUAUCACCAAGAAAAGAAACACGUAGAGGUGGCCCGAACAUGGCACAAAUUGAUAAAGACACGGCAGGAAGAAGGUGCAGACAACCAAGAGCUUCAUCAGCUAUGGAAGAAGUUGACUCAGUUGCUGGCUGAGAGUACUGAGGAUCAGAAUAAUGAGACCCAGCAGCUGCUUCUAACUGCUUUUGAGAAUGCUCUGGGCUUAUCAGAUAAGAUUCCUGGUGAAGAUCACCAAGUGCUUUAUAGACGUUUUAUUCAGUGUUUAUCCAAAUUUCCUCACGAGACUGCUAGGUUGAAGAAGGCCUGUGAAGGGAUGAUAAACAUCUAUCCUACUCUACAAUAUCCAUUAGAAGUGCUUUGUUUGCAUUUAAUUGAAUCAGGAAGUCUUAGUGAUGAGGGAGAGCAGUAUUGUUGUAGAUUAGUGGAAAUGGAUUCAAAAAGUGGCCCAGGCCUCAUUGGUUUAGGCAUUAAAGCAUUACAAGACAAAAAGUAUGAAGAUGCUGUUGGGAACUUAACAGAAGGGUUAAAGGAAAGCCCUCUCUGCACAACUGGAUGGUACCAUCUGGCAGAAGCCCAAGUCAGAAUGCAUAAACCUAAGGAAGCUGUUCUUUCAUGCAAUCAAGCUCUGAAGAACAUAGGUAAUCUUGGCGUGUCUGGUGGCAGUCUUCAUCAGAAGAAUCUUUGUCUUCAUUUGAAAGCAGAGGCUUUGAUUAAACUCUCAGACUAUGAAUCUUCAGAGGAAGCAAUUCAUACUCUUGAUCAGGUUUCUGAUGCAAACAACAUCCCAGGACUUUUGGUUCUCAAAGGCUUGGCCUAUCUGAACAAAGGCUCAUUAGGUGAAGCUUCAAAGAUUAUGGAAGACCUUCUCUCUUCUUACCCUGACCUGGCUGAAGCUCAUGCCCUGGAGGCUUUGAUUCAUUUUACCAAAAAGGACUAUCUACAAGCAGAAAAAUGUCUUCAGCGAGCUCUUGAGAAAGAUGCUGAAGUUGCUGAAUAUCAUUACCAACUUGGGUUAACAUAUUGGUCCAUGGGUGAAGAAACAAGAAAAGAUAAAACAAAGGCUCUUACCCACUUUCUAAAGGCUGCUAAACUGGAUUCAUACAUGGGCAAAGUUUUCUGCUAUUUAGGUCAUUAUUACAGAGAUGUAGUAGGAGAUAAAAGCAGAGCCCGUGGAUGUUACAGGAAAGCUUUCGAAUUAGAUGACACUGAUGCUGAAUCUGGAGCUGCAGCAGUUGACUUAAGUGUGGAGCUUGAAGAGAUGGAAACUGCCUUAGCUAUCCUAACAACAGUCACUCAAAAGGCAAGUGCUGGAACAGCAAAAUGGGCCUGGCUUAGACGAGGACUAUACUAUUUGAAAGCUGGUCAACAUUCUCAAGCCGUGGCUGAUUUACAGGCAGCAUUAAGGGCAGACCCAAAGGACUUCAAUUGUUGGGAGUCAUUAGGAGAGGCAUACUUAAGCAGAGGUGGCUAUACCACAGCCUUGAAAUCCUUCACAAAAGCCAGUGAGCUGAACCCAGAAUCCACAUACAGUGUGUUUAAGGUUGCAGCAAUACAGCAAAUCCUAGGCAAAUAUAAAGAGGCGGUAGCUCAAUACCAGCUGAUCAUUAAAAAGAAAGAAGAUUAUGUGCCUGCUUUGAAAGGUUUGGGUGAAUGCCAUCUCAUGAUGGCAAAAGCAGCUCUAGUCGAUUAUCUUGAUGGGAAAGCUGUAGACUACAUAGAGAAAGCACUGGAAUAUUUUACUCGGGCUCUGCAGCAUCGAGCUGAUGUGUCUUGCCUUUGGAAGCUAGUUGGGGAUGCUUGUACCAGUCUGUAUGCUGUCUCACUAUCUAAAGUGAAUGUUAGUGUCUUAGGAGUCCUUCUAGGUCAGAAAGAAGGAAAACAAGUAUUAAAGAAAAAUGAGCUCCUUCAUCUUGGAGGAAGGUGUUAUGGUCGUGCGUUAAAACUGAUGUCUACAUCUAAUACGUGGUGUGAUCUUGGAAUUAAUUAUUAUCGCCAAGUACAACAUCUAGCAGAAACAGGCAGCGACUUGAGUGAUCUUCAAGAGUUGUUGGAGAAAUCUUUGCAUUGUCUGAAAAAGGCUGUGAGACUUGACAGUAAAAAUCACUUAUACUGGAAUGCUCUUGGUGUAGUUUCUUGUUACAAUGGUAUUGGAAAUUAUGCCCUUGCUCAGCACUGUUUCAUCAAAUCAAUCCAGUCGGAACAAAUUAAUGCUGUUGCAUGGACCAACUUGGGAGUGUUAUACCUUGCAAACGAAAAAAUUGAGCAAGCUCAUGAGGCUUUCAAAAUGGCUCAGUCCCUUGAUCCAUCUUAUUUAAUGUGCUGGAUUGGACAAGCUCUAAUUGCAGAGACAGUUGGAAGUUAUGACACCAUGGAUCUCUUCAGGCACACUACAGAACUCAGUAUGCACACUGAGGGAGCAAUAGGUUAUGCGCAUUGGGUCUGUACAACAUUGCAAGAUAAAAGCAACAGAGACACAGAGCUGUACCGGUACAACAUCCUCCAGAUGAAUGCAAUUCCAGCAGCACAAGUGGUUUUGAGUAAAUACGUAGAAAGAAUUCAGAAUUAUGCUCCAGCUUUCACAAUGUUGGGUUACUUAAAUGAAUAUCUGCAACUGAAGAAGGAAGCAGCAGAUGCAUACCAAAGGGCAAUUUUGUUGUUACAGACUGGGGAAGACCGAGAUGCUUACAAUGUUACAAUAAGAAAUUAUGGCAGAUUGUUAUGUUCCAUUGGUGAAUGUGAUAAAGCUAUCCAGACUUUUAAGUCAACACCCCUUGAGGAGUUAGAAGACAUUGUAGGUUUUGCAUUGGCUUUAUUUAUGAAGGGUCUGUAUAAAGAGAGCAGCAAAGCCUACGAGAGAGCCUUGUCUAUUGUUGAAUCAGAGCAAGACAAAGCUCAUAUCUUGACAGCUCUGGCAAUAGCUGAAUAUAAACAAGGAAAAAUGGACACAGCCAAGACAUUGUUAUUUAAAUGCUCUAUCUUAAAAGAACCAACCAGAGAAAGCCUUCAAGCCCUGUGUGCUCUAGGAUUGGCAAUGCAAGAUGCAACACUGUCAAAAGCUGCACUUAAUGAGUUACUGAAGCACUGCAAACAGAAAGACAGUGAUUAUCAGAGGUGCCUUCUUACUUUGGCAAUCUAUGCACUGCAAGGCCGCACUGCGGCAGUGCAGAGACAAGCAUCUAAAGCUGUUCACAGUAACCCAGCUGAUCCUGCCCUUUGGUCUUUGUUGUGCCGAGUAGUUGCUCAGUAUACUCAACGAAAUGCAAAGGGAGGUGCAGUAGCAGGAAAUGUGGCUCAUAUUCUGGACUCAAAUCAUGGAAAGAAGGCAUUACUGUACACUGCAGUAAAUCAGUUGGCUAUGGGAAGCAGUUCAGCAGAAGAUGAGAAAAAUACUGCACUAAAGACCAUUCAGAAGGCAGCUCUCCUUUCUCCAGGUGAUCCUGCUGUCUGGGCUGGGCUGAUGGCAGCUUGUCAUGCUGAUAAUAAACUGGCCCUAGUGAACAACACACAGCCAAAGAGGAUGGAUUUACACUUGGCACUGUUAUCUGCUGUUUCUGCUUCAAUUAAAGACAAAGAAUUCCUUGAAAAUUACAACCAAUCUCUUGAAAAGUGGUCUCUCUCCCAAGCUGUCACUGGUCUAAUAGACACAGGAAGAAUAUCUGAAGCUGAAGCCCUCUGCACAAAGAAUUUAAAAAGUAACCCUGAUCAGCCAGCUGUUAUCUUACUUUUGAGGCAAGUUCAGUGUAAGCCACUCCUGCAGUCACAAAAACCUCUCCCAGAUGCUGUACUUGAAGAGCUGCAAAAAACAGUCAUGUCCAAUUCAACCUCUGUUCCAGCUUGGCAGUGGCUGGCAUACAUAUAUCAGUCCCAAGGAAUGAUGGGCGCUGCAGAGAUGUGUUAUAGGAAGAGUCUACAAGUAGCAUCCCAACAGGGCAGCUGGAGUGGGAAGCUCUCAAGCCUGUUGAGACUAGCCCUGCUUGCAUUAGAAGUCUGCAUGGCUAAUAUUUCCAAUCAUCACUGGCCAUCCUUGGUUCAAGAAGCUACAACUGAGGCCUUGAAACUUUGCUUUUGUCCACUGGCUGUCCUUAUACAAGCUUUGUUACAAUUCAACCGCAAAAUGGGUGCAAGAGAGACACGGCGACUUUUGGAGAGAGUGGUGUAUCAGCCUGGGUAUCCCAAAUCUAUUGUUUCAACUGCACGUUGGUACCUUCUGAGACACUUACAUGCCAAAAAUGACUACGAGCUCAUUGACGUGCUGGUGAACAAUGCCAAAACUCACGGAGACACAAGAGCAUUGGAACUGAAUCAGAAAUUGUCCUCACAAUAACAAUGCUUUAUCUUAUAGUAAGCAAGCCAAGAAAAAGCUAUUAGAGAUAAUGAAACAGAGAAUCAAGACUUUUCCCCAAAGCAGCAUUUAAAAAAACUAUAGUUAUAAUCAUCCAUUCCUUUUUUUAAUCUUAAAACAUUUAAGUUCUUAAGCUAGGGAUUUAAUUUUCCAUAAACUUAUCUUAAUAUAACUUUAAUUUGAGACGUCUAUAAUGAAAGAAAAAACCAUGACUCCCUUAGUUGUUCGUUAGUUAUUUGUAAAUCAUUAGUUUCUCUGUCUUGCAUGGUGCACAAUAGGACUUUUUUUUGUAAUCCCUUACACUAAAGCAUUAAUAGCCAUUUGCUAAAUAAUAUGCAAAAGCAGAUUAGCACAAUGCAGAAUUUUAUUUGUUAAACAACAAAUUUAAAGAUUUAAUUAUUUCUGUGAAUUCUAGAGUUCAGCAGACCAACUCAUCUAAAAUCCAGAUAAUCUUAUAAUGUUUUACUAGUGGUUCAUCUUGGAUUCUGUUGUUGAAGAAGCAUAAUAUAAAUGUUAGGUGAGUCUUAGACUGCUAAUGGAUAUGUUUAUAUAUUUCAAAACACUCAUGUAAGGCUGCAUUUAAGAAAUUAAUGAAAAAAUUUGGAAAAUAAUGCUGACAAUAUUUAACCGAUCAUGCAAGUCCUUCAAUUAUGAUGAAAAGAUGAACUUUCUUAAAUAAAAAAAAAAAAAAAAAAUAGUGUCUUGUUUUCUUUACAG